AUGGUUGCUGCUAAAGUAGUUCUGGGUGAGCUAAGCAAUGGUCGUAGACGGGAGGAGGAUUUUCGUAUCUGCGAGCCCGCAGAUGCGAUGAGACUCCGCAAAUGCGGAGUUGUAGAGGCGCGACUGGCUUCACAAAAGCGAAUGAGAUCACACAGGCGCGGAAGCACAGAAAUGAGGGUAGCUGCUAGAGAGGUCUUAGGGGUCACGAAGGGCUCUCCCGGGGCUCAUAGAGGGGACUGGUGGUGGAAUGGAAAGGUCCAAGUUACGACGGCUAAAAAUGCGGCGUUUGCUCAUCUGUACGAGGAGCUCGGGGGCAAAGGCGGGGACAAGAAGUUGUACCGGUUGGCCAAGGUGAGGGAGAGGAAGGCUCGUGACUUAGACCAAGUCAAGUACAUCAAGGACGAGGAUGUCAAAGUAUUGAUGGACGAGGCACUUAUUAAGAAAAGAUGUCAGACAUACUUUCAUAAACUGUUGAACGAAGAGGGGGAUAAACGCAUUGUGCUGGGUGAGUUGAAGCACUCCGAGAGUCGGCGGGAUUUUGGAUACUGUAGGCGGAUUACGAUAGAGGAGGUGGAAAGGGCGAUGCGUAAGAUGUGCAGGGGCAGAGCGACGGGGCCAGAUGAAAUCCCGGUGGAAUUUUGGAAGAGCGCGGGCGAGCAAGUUAUGAGUGGCUCACUGGGCUGUUUAAUGUUAUUUUUAAGAUAA